AUGAAUCCGGAGGAGCAGAAUGUCACCUGGCUCAUCUCUCUGGGGGUCCUCAACUCCCCCAAGAAGAACAUUUGUGACCCAGAGGACUUUCUAAAAUGCUCCCUGAAAGACGGGGUGGUGCUGUGCAAGCUGAUGAACCGAUUGCUGCCAGGCUCUGUAGAGAAGUUUUCAGCAGAACCGAAGAGUGAAGCCGAUUGCCUGGAAAAUAUCAGAGAGUUCCUGAGAGCAUGCAGCUCUCUCCGGGUUGAGCUGUUUGAUGCAAAUGACCUCUACACUGGUGAGAAUUUUCCUAAGAUCUUAAGCACUCUUUCUGCAAUUAACAGAGCUACUGAAGAACAGGCGUCGAAGAGGCCAUGUUCUCGAACCCCCUCUCAGUCGCAUAAUUUUGCUUCCUCAUCACAAAUAAAUCCUCAGGGAACAGACCGCUCAUCAAAAGUUCUAAGAAGACCGUCAAAACCUGUGGACAUGACCAGUAAUGGCAGCAGUCAUCUAAUUGUGAAAGCAAAGUUUGAUUUUAAGCAACAGAAUGAAGACGAACUCUCUUUUUGCAAAGGUGACACUCUCUAUGUCACCAGAGUGGAAGACGGAGGCUGGUGGGAAGGAGCAUUGAAUGGCAAGACGGGUUGGUUCCCCAGUAACUAUGUGAAAGAACUCAAACCGAACGAUAAACCACUUUCCCCAAAAGCACUGAAAGGGAGCGACAGCCCACAGCUAACCAAAAACUAUUACACUGUGGUAUUACAAAAUAUUCUGGAAACAGAGCGAAGCUACGCGAAAGAACUUCAGUUACUUAUAUCAACUUACCUCAGACCUCUUCAGUCAUAUGACAAGUUAAGUGCUGCGGAUAUCACAUUAUUGCUGGGAAAUUUUGAGGAGAUCUACACCUUUCAGCAGACACUUUGCCAGGCACUGGAAGAAUGUGCAAAGUUGCAUGAAAAUCAUCAGAAAGUUGGAGGUUGUUUUCUGUCUCUUUUUAAUCAGUUUAAGUGUUUAUACUUGACGUACUGUGCGAACCACCCCUCAGCUGUGAAUGUCCUCACCCAGCACAGUGAUGAACUGGAGAAGUUUAUGGAGGCUCAAGGAGCUGCCAGCCCAGGAAUUCUGCUGCUGACCACAAGCCUCAGCAAACCCUUCAUGAGACUGGAAAAAUAUGUCACUCUCCUUCAAGAACUGGAAAGACACAUGGAGGACGCUCAUGCGGGUCAUAAAGACGUGCUCAGAGUAACGUCAUCCUUCAAGACUCUUGUGGCACAGUGUCAGGACCUACGCAAGAGGAAGCAGCUGGAGUUGCAGAUACUUUCAGAACCCAUUCAAUGUUGGGAAGGAGAAGACAUUAAAUCUCUUGGAAACGUUGUUUAUAUGUCGCAAGUUAUGGUACAGUGUGCAGCAAAUGAGGAAAAAGAUGAGAGGUACUUUAUGCUGUUUCCAAGUGCACUUCUAAUGCUGUCUGCUAGUCCUCGAAUGAGUGGCUUCAUUUAUCAGGGGAAAUUACCACUAACUGGAAUGUCUGUAGUUAAGUUAGAGGAGAGCGACAGCAUCAGUCAUGCUUUUGAGAUUGCCGGACAUAUGAUAGAACGUAUUGUGGUCCAUUGCGGCAGUAGUCAGGACUGUCAAGAGUGGCUAGAUCAUCUCUACCGUCUAACUAAAACUCAUGCUUCACAUGCCUCUUUAUGUAAAACACCAUCGUGGGGAACUCAGUCUACUCCAGACAGGAAAAACCCCCCUCUGUCUCCACACUCCUAUUCAUUACUUCCCCGUGGACCGCUGGAACCUGCCAAAAUUUACAAAGCCUGGACCUUGAGUUGCCUGCGACCGGCUCCACCACUUCGACCGUCAGCGGCACUCAGCUAUAAAGAGGAUUCUAGCAAAAGCCCCAAAAAUGUCAAGAAGUUUCUUCCAAAACGAAAACCAGAACGAAAAGCUUCCGAUGAUGAAUCUGCUCUCAGGAAAAGCACAAUAGCAUUGGAAGAAGAUGCACAGAUUCUGAAAGUGAUUGAGGCUUAUUGCACAGGAGCUGGCUUCCAUCAAAACCUCAGCUCUGGUCCUCGAAAGGAUUCUACACCACAGGUUUUGCUCCUUGAGGAAGAAAGUCUCAUCAUUGAUGAUAUGAGGAGCAAUGGUCAAACCGCACCAGAAGAAAAAAGUCUUGUAGACACAGUCUAUGCAUUGCGAGAUGAGGUCAAGGAACUAAAACAGGAGAAUAAAAGAAUGAAGCAGAGUUUGGAUGAAGAGCAAAAGUCUAGAAAGGAGUUGGAAAAGAUGGUUCGGAAGAUUUUAAAGCAAACCAGUGAGACUGCACGUGACGAUCCAUCUCAUUAGUCUACAUUUAAUCUGGAAAUGUCAAGACAGGUAUCACAGAUACAGGUCAUAAAGACUACAUGUGCAGAACUUUGCAGAGCCUUUGGAUAUUUCACAUCGCUAUAUCAGAACUUUUUAGAAUUUGUGGGGGUUAGAAUGAGCCUUCAGUAUUUUUUUAUAUGCAUAUACGUCUAGCUCUGAUCAGAGGAAUUAUAGCACAUAUUAUAUAUCAGUUUUGAUAGAAAGGAAUGCGUACCUCCCUAGCUGUUUAUUUACUGCAGUCUUCACAUGUAUAUGAUCUAUCAUUGUUAUGACUUCACUGGAUUACUAAAACAAAUAGGGGAA